UUGUCUCCCACCAACUGUCUCUCCUCCUCCUCCUCCCUCUCGGGAUUUCAUAUGAUCCACUAUGCCUGUCCAGCUCUUUAAGCAACAAAUCUAAUAAAGGUUGGAAACUCAUCUUUUGCUCAAUUCUUUUGAGCAAGUGGCUACCAGCAUUCAUGGAUCCACUGAAAAGAACCACGAGGGUGGCGAUGAAACCUAAGCAGCGGUUACUGAAGGACGUCACUGGUACUUUGUUUUUUGCCGUCUUUACUGCAGUGCUGGGUUUUUUCCAGUAUGGCUACUGUAUUGGAGUCAUCAAUGCUCCACAACAGGUCAUCAUGAUCCACUACGCAAUGGUCCUGGACAUUCCAAGUACUAAAGAUGAGACUGGUGCUCUUGUGCUUGAUGAAGUAUUGAAAGAUCCAACAAUCAUGAUGCUCUGGUCCUUGUCUGUGUCUAUGUUUGCUGUUGGAGGAAUGAUUUCCUCCUUCACUGUUGGCUGGAUUGGAGAAAAGAUGCCAAGAGUGAGAGCCAUGCUACUAGUGAAUGUCCUUGCAGUGUCUGGGAAUAUAUUUUUUGCAGUGGCAAAACUUGGUCCUUCCCACAUCCUGAUAAUUAUCGGAAGAUUCUUGACAGGCUUGCAUGGUGGACUCUCAUCUGGACUUGCUCCAUUGUAUAUUGGAGAAAUAGCCCCUGUUGCUCUCCGUGGAGCUCUGGGCUCCCUGAAUCAGCUGGCUGUCGUUAUAGGGAUUCUCAUCAGUCAGGUUCUUGGAUUGGAUGUCUUGCUGGGCAAGGAGAGCAUCUGGCCAUUGCUUCUGUGCCUGUCAGGUUGUGCAGCGGUUUUACAGAUUUUUCUGCUCCUAAUUUGUCCAGAGAGUCCUAGAUACAUGUACAUAAAAUGUGGAGACGUUGAAGGAGCCCAAAAAAGUUUAAAAAGGCUGAGAGGAGAAAACUAUGAUUCCACCAAAGAAAUUGAGGAGAUGGAGAAAGAAAAAGAAGAAGCAUUGAAAGAAAAAUCUGUCUCCAUUUGGCAGCUGGUCACCACCGCAACCUACCGCCAGCCAUUCCUGGUGGCCAUAGGAGUUCAUAUUGCUCAGCAGCUUUCUGGGAUUAAUGCUAUCUUCUACUACUCUACUGAUAUUUUUACCAAAGCUCAUGUGCGCAAGCCUAUUUAUGCAACCAUAGGAGUGGGCUUUGUGAACACUGUGUUCACUGUUGUUGCUGUUUUCCUGGUGGAGAAAGCAGGGAGACGGUCCCUCUUUAUAGCUGGUCUGUUAGGCAUGAUGCUGUGUACCGCAACAAUGACUGUUGGUCUCGUGCUUCAGCCCCAGCAUAAGUGGAUGAGCUACGUCAGCUUGGCUUCUGUCUUCCUCUUUGUGUCUUUUUUUGAAAUUGGGCCAGGACCGAUUCCCUGGUUCAUUGUUGCAGAGUUAUUCAGCCAAGGUCCUCGCCCAGCAGCUGUUUCAAUAGCUAGUUUUUCCAACUGGUUCACCAAUUUCUGCAUUGGAAUGUUCUUCCCAUACAUGGCUGAACUAUGUGGCCCCUACGUCUUUCUGAUCUUUUCUGGCCUCCUCGCCUUUUUUGUUUUAUUCGUUUACUUUAAAGUGCCAGAAACCAAAGGCAAGUCCUUUGAGGAAAUUGCAGAAGGGUUCCGCCACCGGAGCAAGAAAGAUACUGGGAGACCUACUGAAAUGGAGUAUCUGGGAGCCAACCAAGAGGCUUAGAGGCAUUGCUGCAGGAGGAAGACUUGGAAACAGCAUGUUAGAAGCUCUGGAAAAAGCAGGUUUAAAAAAUGUAACGUGUGGAAAAUUAUACUGGUCAGUCAAAUCUGUUCUCUGGCUUCUAGUGGAUGAUUUUGCAGGGCGCUCUCUGGUUUCCUGACUCCCUCAGGAACAUACUGAGUUAUGGUGUCUUACAAGCUUUAUGCAAAAGUGGCAAAGGAAGAAACUUCAGGAGGAGCUAUCAAUUAAUGGGGACCUAUAGACCAGGUAAUCUGUUGUAUUCCCUGGGAUACAAGAGUGGUCCUUGAGCAAAAGAGAAGGCACAAAACAGAGGCUGUUCAUUCUCCAAAAUUUUGUGUGUGUGUAUAUAUAUACAGUGUGUGUGUGUGUGUGUGUAUACACACACACACACACACACACACACACACACACACACAUAAAUAAAAAUUCCAACAAUAAGAAGGUGUUUUGCCAAUCAGACAAACCCACUGCAUUUAUAUUGGUUUGCCCCAUUUAAGCAGAAAUUUCUGUCAUUUCCAUCGUCUUAUUCUUAGGUUGCUCUGGACUUUGAAAAGUGAAAUGCCACCAGGUCAUAUUGCACUUCUGCCGCAUCUGAUGUCCAAUUGCUGCAAGGGUGAUAGUAGUUUAGGAGGAGAAUACAGAACAAGAAAAGGAUUUGGUCAAAAAGUGAAGCUUGUGAAAUCAGAGGAUGUAGUCAAAGCGGCUGUAUUCCUCCUUUUAAAAAAAACCAAACAAAACCUACAUUGGAGAUUGGCAGGUCUCUCACCAGUCUUCACUUCCUCUGAUAGAGAGCCAGUUUGGUCUACUAGUUGAGGUGCUAGGCUAGAAACCAGGAGACUGUGGGUUCUAGUCCUGCCUUAGGCAUGAAAGCUGGCUGGGUGACCACUUUCUCUCAGCCCAACUUGGUGCAAUGUAGACUAGCCUCCUCGUGGUGCACCCUGGGCAACGUGACUUGUCACGGCUAAAUAGUCAACACAUCUGGCUGCUGGACCUCACAAGGAUUUCCCAGCAAGAAAAAGCAGCAUGAACACUGAACCGCUAUGCCAUACAAUUAAAACAACAACUUAGCAAUAACCGUAGCAAUAACCAAAUACAGACAGUCCCUCAGAUAGUUAGCAUCCUGAAUUGUAUUCAAAAGCCUAUUAGUAACCAAUGCAGCUCAUGAAGCAGAGGUAUUAUGUGGGCAUACUGUGGCAUGCCCGUAACUGCCUUCCAGAGGUACCUGGAAGGCUACUUAUUAAAAAGCAUUGUGCAGCAGUUCCAUGCUUUCCUCCUUAACAAUAUUUUUUUUCUAAAAUGAAAAAUGAUGGGAGUGGCUGGAAAAUACCAUCUUGCAGCAGCUGCUGCUGUUCUUUUACAGUUGGAAGUAGCCAUUGCCUGGAUCUUUUGCAAAAUUCUGUGAAAAAGCCAGGGCAUGAUGGGUCUGCCAUGCACCAACAUGUUUCUCACAUUUCAUUUCAUGUCACAUUUUUUCCUUAGUAAGAAUGUUGUGUCAGCUUAUCCUGGCACAAGUCCUUCUUCCUCCUUAGCAUUCCUCAGGGGAAUACUCAGGAUCCAUUGUCCCUUUCAAUAAGCAUUGUCCAGGAAUGUAGAAUAUAGAUGGUGUGUUGAAAAUAAAGGAAUGGCUACACAGAGAUAAGAACAGCCAUGUUUUUGAGCAUUGUGAAAUGACAUCAACAUUAAAUGGGCUGAAUAGGUGUGGCAAAUGAAGUCUGGCUUUGGUUAAAUAGAAUUUAAAAACAUGUCCCACCAAUAUAAUUGAUAUCAGUAUCAAAGUGCAUUGGAGGAUACCCUCCACAGAGGGAGAGUAUAGAAGCUUCUCUAAUGAUCUCACCACAUUGGCACUCUCCACAGAUUUCCUUGAUGCUCAGCAAUGUUCCAAAUUUAUUAUGUUAAUGAUGCGAACAUACUUCUACCAUGUAUCUCCUCACCCUUUUCCUCCACUCUUCUGUUAAAGUGAACCAUAUCAAGGAGCAAAGCAAAGUUAAGUUCCCUGCACAAGGGUCAAGGUUGGCCCCACAGUUAGACAGCUACAUCAGGGGUAGAAACAAGGUGAUGGACAACCAUUAUGGAUGUUUCACAAGCUUAAGUUUUCUUGUGAUGCCAUUGCCUUGGAUCCCAAUCCUACAACCAAGAGUUCAGAAAACCUUGAGUUAGCUUCUCUAUUGGAAAGAAUAAAAGGUUUCAGUUUUAUUUUUGGCUUAGGCAAGCAAAAUGUUUGGGGAGGAAAGAGAACAAGGGUAGGUCCUGUUACUGUCUCUGGACUUUUACUCUGUGCAUGCACUAAUUUUGAAACUGAACAGAUUAAACAAACAUUCCUGAAUGUUAUCUUUAAGCCAAUAUUAAGUAACACUUUUUUAAAAAGGUUCAUUUACACGUAUGUUUUAUGCCAUCUCCCUGUGGAAAAUACAAUGCUUACCAGCAGAUAACACCAACCUAGCAAAUAUUGCUGUGCAGUGUCUUAUCCUGACAGUUUAUUAUUUUUAUAAAUAAAUAGGUGUUUAAAAUUCAGCAUAACCAAAGAGUAAAAAUCCUCUGCCUACCCAGUCAUUAUGCCACAGAGGCAAUAUCCAGCAGAAGUGCUGUCUAUGCAAUUAUGCAUUAUCUACAGUUUUGAUAACAAUAGGGAAUAAACAAUGUUUCCCCUGUGAUUUCAUGCAAUUUUACUGUUUUUAUUAUUACAUUAAUAUCACCCCAGGUAGAGGACAUAGUCCUCUUUUCCCAUUAACCACUUUAAUCCUCCCAGCAAUCCUUUGAAGUAGAUUAGGCUGAAGGAUUUUGACUGAGCCUGGUCACCAGAGUGAUUUUCAUGGUUGAGGAAGAUAUAAACAAGAGUCCUGUAACUUCAUCAAACCCUGUUAAAACUUCAUCACUCCAAAUAAAAAUUGGAUGGUUUA